GUCUUUUCAAAUUUCUACAAUGUGGGUCUUCAUCUUUUUCUGGCUACACUAUGCUGCUAGAAUAUGCAAUGGAGGUGUUACCAGCAGUUAUAUCAGAAAACCCCAAGCCUCACUCGACAUGCCUCUUGAACUUUUUCCUUCACCCCUUGGAUUCAAUGCACCAGAGCAGGUUCACAUAACACAAGGAGAUCGCGUAGGACGAAGCAUGAUAAUUUCAUGGGUGACCCCAAUAAAGCCAUAUCCAAAUGAAGUCACUUAUUGGGAAGACAUAAAUGGAAAACAUGGUCACAAACACAAGAUUAGUGCUAAAAUCACUUCUUACAGAUACUACAAUUACACUUCUGGUUUUAUUCAUCAUGCAACAGUCAGAAGGCUAAAGUACGACACGAAGUACAUUUACGAACUCGGAAAGCACAAUACGACUCGGAGAUUCCACUUCACGACUCCUCCUCAAGUUGGACCUGAUGUUCCAUACACCUUUGGUGUUAUGGGUGACUUGGGACAAACAUAUGACUCGAAUCAAACAUUCGAGCAUUAUGUGGCGAACCGAAAGGGUCAAGCAGUGCUGUUUCUUGGUGAUCUUUCAUAUGCAGACGAUUAUGAAUUCCAUGACAAUAGGAGGUGGGAUAGUUGGGCUAAAUUCGUCGAGAAGAGUGUUGCAUACCAGCCAUGGAUUUGGACAGCAGGAAAUCACGAACUCGACUAUGCCCCAGAGAUUGAGGAAAACACUCCAUUCAAGCCGUAUAUGCAUCGUUAUCACGUUCCUUACAAGGCGUCCCAGAGCACGUCUCCUCUUUGGUAUUCCAUUAAGCGUGCAUCGGCCUACAUAAUUGUACUGUCUUCUUAUUCGGCUUAUGGUACAUAUACUCCACAAUAUAACUGGCUUCAACAAGAAUUGCCAAAAGUGAACAGGGCUGAAACUCCAUGGCUCAUUGUUCUUCUUCAUUCUCCAUGGUAUAACAGUAAUAACUACCAUUACAUGGAAGGAGAAAGCAUGAGAGUCAUGUUUGAAUCUUGGUUUGUUCAGAACAAAGUCGAUCUCGUGUUUGCUGGACAUGUUCAUUCUUAUGAGCGCUCGGAAAGAAUAUCGAAUACCAAGUACAACAUAACAAACAAUUUGGGCACUCCAAUGAAAGAUGCUUCUGCCCCAGUGUACAUAACCAUUGGUGAUGGUGGAAACAUAGAAGGCCUUGCUAAUAACUUUUCAGAACCACAGCCAAGUUACUCAGCUUUUCGAGAAGCAAGUUUUGGGCAUGCAAUUCUUGAAAUAAAGAAUAGGACUCAUGCCUUCUACAGUUGGUACCGGAACCAUGAAAAUGAGCCAAUUGCAGCUGAUUCUACUUGGUUUUACAACAGAUAUUGGUAUCCGCAUGAAGAGCCAAGCUCCACCAAGAAUUAAAAAAGGGCUUUAAAUAAGUUGUUCUGCCAAAAGAAAAUGUAAUAAUAUUAUGCCUUCGCUAGUUUUUCUUUCUCCCUAACUCGUAGAAGUAGAAAUAGGAUGUUUUGAUUUGUCCUUGUAUUAAAACUUUGCAAGCAUUAUUUAUUAUUAUAAUGUUUUUACU